GAUGACUCUCGCGGCCACUUCCACGGUCUGCUGCCAGAAAACCCCAAAUGCAACUUUUUGACCGGUCCGAAAGACUGUCAGCCAAUCUCCAAUGUGACACUAGAAGCCAGUCAGACUGAACUGGUGGAGUUCAACAGCUCUGUCACUCUCACAUGCUCCGCCUCUGGUGGCUCUCCCACCUCAUUCCAGUGGUUUAACAGGAGUGCUGAGGUCACAGGAAGUGAUGGAGUUCUUGUUGACAAGGGGACUCUGACGAUAAUGAGUGUGACUCGGUAUGAUACUGGGCCAUACAAGUGCAAUGCGUCCAACAUUGUCGGCUUUGAAAGGAGCUCUAUGGCCCAUUUGACCAUUGCCUAUGGCCCAGACAAUGCUCUACUGACAGUGACACCUCAAGGUGGUGUCUACAGUUCAGGCUCUGACAUCGUCUUGUCCUGCUCCUCUGAGUCCAGCCCUGCUGCCCAGCUCCAGUGGGCUCUGAAUGGGACCCUGCUGGGUAAAGAGGAACCAGAACUCAGACUGGAGAAUGUUCAGGCCAGUCAGAGUGGAGAAUACACCUGCUGGGCCCAUAAUAGUAACACCCAGAGGUAUAAAUUGUCAUCACAAACAAGCAUCAUUGUUUUUGGUAAGCCUUCAGAUUAUUGGGUCAUCUAUAGAAAAAAGGUAUUUGAUCCUGCCGUGAUGAUCUCUAGUCCUGAUCCACUGGUAGCAAAUAACAGUUCUGUGAGCUUAACCUGUGAGGCCAAGGGCUCCAUCACCACCAGGAAGUGGAUGAAGAAUGGAGGAACUCUGUCUCCAGAACCAGACAGAGUCACCAUCAGUGAAGACAACAGAACUGUGUCCAUCAGCCCAGUACAGAAAGAAGACACAGGAGAGUACAAGUGCCAAGUCAGCAACCCCGUCAGUAAUGUAGAGGCCUCUAGAAUACUGAAAGUUAACUAUGGACCAGGGGCUGUUUUCAUUAAGGGAGAAGGCCAUGAAGGAGUAGUAGAGUUUGGCCAUCAGAUCCAUUUGAGCUGCUCUGCUGAGUCUGUUCCUGACUGCACCUACACCUGGAUAUUAAAUGGGACACAUGAGAUAGGAACUGGACCCUCAUACAUUAAAGAGAAGAGUGCCUAUGAAGACAGUGGAAUAUACACCUGCACUGCUUCAAACAGCAUCACUGCAGGAACAAAGAAGGGAGAUUUUGGACUAUCAGUUAAAGGGAAAAAGACACUCCAAUGGUGA